UCAACCCAGCAGACUAAUGGGCAAAGAUUUCGCUGGCUAAAAGUUAAUGCAAAAUUUCCAGAAUCGAAGCAAAAGAUGGCAAACAUUAUUCAGCAGAGAUUUCGAUCUCAGGUUACCAUAUACUCCGACCGCAGGCACAACAUAAAUGGAAACCAUCAGCCAAAUUAAACAGCCCUUAGUUAAAAAAAAUAAAAUCAAACACUCGCCAGCGCCUACAAGUACCUCACUUCCGGCCGUACCUUUGUUUGCCACAGCCCACCGCCCUCUCCAUUUUUUUUUUGACGGAACCUCGUCUGCCCUCUCCAAUUGACCAAUUCAAUUUAGCACAAAUUCAUUCAGCACGAUGGGAUCCUUCUCGGGCAUCGUCGCCGUCGUCGCAGUCUUGGCGGCGCUCCUGGCCGGCGCCUCGUGUUUUGUGGUGGUGCCGCCCGGCCCCAACAUCACGACCAGCUACGACGGCCAUUGGCUCCACGCCAAGGCCACUUGGUAUGGCAGCCCCACAGGCGCCGGCCCCCCUGACAACGGUGGUUCGUGUGGGAUCAAGGAGACGAACCUGCCUCCCUACAACAGCUUGACCUCUUGCGGCAACCUCCCCAUCUUCAAGGACGGCAAGGGCUGCGGCUCCUGCUUCAAGAUCAAGUGUGGUAACAAGGUGUGCUCGAAGAAGCCGGUGGUCGUGUUCAUCACGGACAUGAACUACUACCAGUUCGCCCCGUACCACUUUGACCUCUCCGGCACGGCCUUCGGGGCCCUGGCGAUGCCGGGGAGGGAGAGCGAGCUGCGGCGCUACGGCAUUAUCGACCUCCGGUUCAGGAGGGUGCGCUGCAAGCUCGCGCCGAAGAUGAAGAUCGCGUUCCACGUCGAGGAAGGGUCCAACCCGGAAUACCUGGCGGUGUUGGUGAAGUUCGUCGCGGGAGACGGUGACAUCGUGCAGAUGGACCUGAAGCAGGAGGGCUGGCCGGAGUGGAAGCCGAUGAGGGAGUCGUGGGGCGCCAUCUGGAGGAUGGACGUGGACUAUCACACGCCGCUCCAGGGCCCAUUCUCCAUCCGCCUCACCAGCGAGUCCGGCAAGGUGCUCGUCGCCCCUCACGUCAUCCCGGCUGACUGGAAGCCCAAAACUGUCUAACGGUCAAACAUUCAGUUCUAAACUUUGCCAUUCAUUUUCAUUCAUCGAUCCGUGAGUUUAAUUAUCUCAAAUGACAUUAUAGAUAGCAUAGAUCAUCUAGAUCGAUGUGGACACAUGCAUGUGUUUGAGCCUUUGAGGAUGUAACCGUGUAGAUCAAACUCGAUCUGCAGUAUUGCAAUAGAGAUAAAUGUUUUUCCA